AUGACACUUUGGAAUAGCUUGCUUGGCUAUAAUAGAGUUCCGGCAGGAAAAACUGCUGUCAAUGUUUUCCAGCAAAUUAGGACAGCUACAAAGAAAGCAGCGGGGUCUAGAACUUCGAUGAAGGACUCAGCAGGUCGUCGAUUGGGGCCCAAAAAAAACGAGGGACAAAAGGUGACACCUGGUGAGAUUUUGAUGAGACAGCGGGGCACCAAGUUUUACCCCGGAGAAAAUGUCGGAAUCGGCAAAGAUCACACUAUUUUCGCCCUGGAACCGGGAUUUGUUCGUUUUUAUCUGGAUCCCUUCCACCCCAAGCGUAAGUUCAUUGGUGUGGCACUCAAUGAGAGCUCUAAACUACCCACUCCGCAUUUUGCUCCUCGUGUAAGACGUUUCGGACGUCAGCUAAUAGAAAAUGUCGAGAAGGCCCGCAAAGAAACCAACUCACUUACGAGAAAACAAUUUCUUGCUCGCGACUCUAUCGCUGCAGGCAUGAAGGAACGUGAGAUCCAAAGGGCAGCUCUUUCCCUCAGACUUGCAAAAACUCUUACCGAAACGCUAAACUUGGGUUUGGAAGGGCAAGCCAUGAGCUGGGCCACUAGCUACCUUAUGCGACUACGGUCCUGCCUCAAGAACGGCUUCGCUCUGAGCGAUGCGCAAUAUAACUCUCGUCACUGCCUGGAACAAGAGAUAAUCUUACAGGCGAAACGCGAAGGCUGGGCGCAAGAAGCUGUUGAUGCCAAGCUUCGCGAGCUCCAAAUAGUUACAGACAAAUUAGACUGCUCUACGUCUUUCAACAACAGGCUAGAGUUGACCAGGCACAUUUCACUGACCGAACGUGAAGAUCGAAAAUUAGAGCUGCUCAAAGACCUGGCAGGUAUGACGCUUGCGACUCGUAAGGACAAAAAAGAAGUAGAGAAAAUGCUUGAGUCGUCUAGCGAGUACUUAACGAAGUCUGAAGAAGUGCACCUGCGGAGACGUUUUCUGAAACCCGUUCAGCCUGAAGGAGUCGCUAAGGACACUAAGUCUGACAAAAAAUCUGUCGUUGUGAGAAGGUUCAACUACAUCAGAGGCGGUAUCGACUCCAUUCCCAGAGCCAAAACUGCAUUCUUGAGUAAACUCUGA